AUGGUGGGUGUGAACGUCAAGGAAGAGAACUCUGAGAAGAUGGCAUCCCCUGGGGCAUUAUGGGAAUAUCCUGGCUUCCAGCAGAAGUGGCUGCAGCCCCAUCCUGAGUGUGUAUCCCAGGAGGCGGGAGAGGCAUUUCCAGCGCUGCAACCUGAGCUCAACUCCCCUCCCCUGCCCGUGAUGAAGAUGGAGCGAGGGUCCCUGGAGCAGCCAGCACUGAGAGGGGAGUCCCGGGGGCUGCAGGGGCCGGUGCGGUUUGAGGACGUGGCGGUGACCUUCACGGAGGCGGAGUGGGAGCUGCUGGACGAGGAGCAGAGGGAGCUGUACAGGGACGUCAUGCUGGAGAACUAUUGGAGCCUCCAGUCGCUGGGGUUCCACAUUCCCAAGCCAGAUGUAAUCUCCCGCCUGGAGCAAGGGCAGGCGCCGUGGGUCCUGAAUCCCCUGCCCACCCCUAAAAGGUGCCACACUACAGGGGCCUGUCACUCCAGACAUUGCACAGAUCCUGGACCAGAAGGCAAAGCGCUGCCCUAAGAACCACAGUCUACAAAUACCACCACAGGAAUGGGAGCGGGGGAGGGGUUGGAAUGGCAUCAACUAUAUUGGGCUAGCAGCUGUAAUUCCCGAAUGCCCCUUUUUGUGUUUUUUUUCCAUUGGUUUAGGGCAAUCCAGGCUGUUUGGCUGAGUCCAGAGAGCUCAGGGGUUUAUAUGUGAUUGACCCAAGUAGAAUGGAAGGUCAAAUAAGGGACAGGAGUGGGUUUCUCUGGCCCACUGAGAAAGUCCCAGUUGUGCUUCCCUUGCCUGUGGAGUCCUGCCCCUGCUCCGACAGCUGGGUGUAAAAUGGCUGGAUUUCACUCCAAAACUAUGACUUCCACCCUGGGCACUUCAGUUCAGUCGUCUUCUUAGGCAGCCGAAAGGGGAUUGCUUUUCAUACUAUAUUCCCCCAGCCCUCUCUCCCAGCAUGCUUUGUCACAGACAAGGCUGUUUAGAUGGCCGUCAUGGUGGAUGAAGCUUCCCAGAAUGCCUUGCCCCGGGAAAGACUACAAAGAUGGCCAAUAUAAUGGUGGAAGGUUCCCAGGACGGGGCCGAGUUAGACAACCCCUCACGCCUGGCUUUCCUGUGUUCCAGCCAACGUCAGGGCCACGAGAGGUGGCAAGGAGCUGAGGUGGUGGCAGUAGGAAGCUCCCGAGAGGGUGGCGCUGCCCCAUGUCCCCUCCCCACAGCUGGUGAGCACGUGGGACCAGUGCCAUCCCUGCCCCAAAUGCCGUAAAAGCUUCCUCACCACCUCGGCCCUGCAGAUGCGUCGGAGGAACCGUUCUGGGGAGAAGCCAUUCCAAUGCAGGGCCUGCGGGCUGCAGUUCAGCCGGGGUUACAGUCUGAUCAAGCACCAGGCCCUGCACGUGCGGAGCGGCCCUACCGGUGCCCUGACUGUAUCCAGCCCUUAUCCUGUGGGUGAGCUAGUGCAGAGCUGUUAGAUUUCUUUUGUACUCGCUUUCUGAGUUUUGAGAUGUUAGGAGCCACAGAUUCCAACCCUUCUUUCCAAGCGUGAGAGCUAGAAAACUCCCUUUUUUUAAAUAAAUACAUUGAAAUUUGCUUGUAAUCAUAGGACUCUGGCAGCUGAGGAUUAAAGUAAACCUCCACAUAUCAGGACUGGUGAUAAGAUUGCAACUACUGAAAUGUCCACUGACUUCCAGGACCAUUGGGUUGCCGUCAGUAAGGGCUGUGGGUGAAAAUGAUGUGUAUACAGAGGGUUUGUCUGCACUACCCUUUAAGUCAAUGUAACUUACGUUGCUCAGGGGUUUGAAAAAGCCACCCCCCGAGCGACGUAAGUUAGAUCAACUUAAAGCAGUGUCUACAUCAUGCUAUGUUGCGUGAGACGCUCUCCCUCUGCCAUAGCCUCCGCCUCUCGUUAAGGUGGAGUAAUUAAGCUGGUGGGAGAGCGCUCUUCCAGCGGCAUAGUGCGUCUUCACCAGACGCAUUACAGUGGCACAGUGAGGGUGAUUAACAACUGGAACAAAUUCCCAAGGGAAGUGGUGGAUUCUCCAGCUCCUCAUGUCUUCCAAGCCUGGCUGGAGGAUACUUUAGCCACACACAAGUCAUUGGGUUCAAUACAAGGGUAAGUGGGUUGAAUUUUCUGGCUUGUGUUACACAGGAGGUCAGACUGGAUGGGCUAAUGGCCUUAAAAAAUAUGAAGUGGUCCAGCCUGAGUCAUCCCCCUGGCACCAGCCUGUCUCAGAGGAAAGCAGCCACGUCACAAAACAACAGCGGGGGCAAGGGCGUACUGUAAUGUCCAGCAUGCACGCAGUCAGAUACUGUACCGGGGGAGCGGUAGAAGCGCUUAUGAUCACCUGCCAACGAGAGCAACUUUGUUAUGUUCUGGACAGGGGGAAAGCUGUGCCCGGAGAGGAUCUCUUAUUAGCCAUCCACUGAGGAGAGAGAGCAAGAGAUGCCUGACUGGGUGUGUUCCCUGCCACACAUUAGGAUUUGUUGUUCAUACCACAGUAACCCCUGAGUGCUCUAGUUAUGGGUCAGGACCCCUUUGGGCCAAGCGCUGUACAAACACAGAAUCCUAGAGGUUACAGCCUAAGUGAUAGUGAUUAAACUAGUAACCUAGGGGCAGCACCAAGGGAAGCCAGUAAUGAGAGCUGGCCAAGAGCCCCGUGUAGAGCUAAGGGGAGACAUGUUUGUAUUGGUGCUUGGGUCUCUGAUUUACACAGGCUAUGAAUUAAACUUCUUGUUUUAAUUCUU